AUGCCCCUCCCACGCGGUUCCGCAGACUUUCUUCUGCUCUUCAUUCAAUCCGUUCAAUGCCUUCACGUCGCUCAGGGGUGGCAGCGACACCCUGCUCCUCCUCUGGUGCACAGGAGCCUAUCCUCCUGCAUGACCCCCUUUCCUUCCCUCGCACUCAGAGGAGGGCAAUGGAUGCGAGGCAAGGACGAGGGGCUAGGGACGGGGAAGAACGAAACCAAGGUCAAGGAGGCUGUAGUGCAGCUGACGACGCGGCUGUUCAGCCCCAAGGGCUCGAGCAAGGAGGACUUCUACCAGAUCCUUGGAGUGAGCAGGGGAGCGACGGCAAAGGAGAUCAGAGUAGGAUACUACAAGGUCGCCAAGGAAUGUCACCCCGACAAGAACAAGGAGGAUCCGCAGGCAGAGGCGAAGUUCAAGCUCAUCUCUGAAGCCUACGAG